UAAAGAUUUACCGAUUCAAUGUGUUAAAAAUCAACAGAAGUCAAAUUAAGUUUCCUAAAUAACAAAAUUACGCGUUUAUGCAGACGAUAAUGUUCCAUAAAUAGCAAGGAAGGUAUUGGAGCAACGCCAACACUGUGCUAAGAACAAACAAGCCAAACAAAUACGAUAACAAGUGAUGCACAUAAACAAGGAAGAAGAAAAAAAUAUAUAGAAGUGAAAACAUUAUUAAAUACAAGCAGAAAACUGUUUGGGUAGCAUCAUUUUCAUUUCGAAAGUGCACAAACUUUGUGCGUCUAUGUGAGCAAAGCAGGAUAACAAUAUUUGGCAAGAACUGAAUAGCAGUUCAUACUACAAAAUGUCUGAGGAGAUUGCGGGCAAACUGCAUAAACUGGAAAUUUCUACAGCGGAACUAGCCCACUUAGGAGCUCUUAAUCUUAUUGAUUCUACAAAUUUUCCACUCGCUUUAAAUCCAUUCUAUGAUGAGGAAACUGAUGCCAGUGAUCUAAAGCUUGAAGAUAGCCAGUCAACAUCGAAUACUAAACUAUUGCAACGUAGUCAUCAGGGAUGUAGACGUUGCAGAUUGCGACGCCGGUCAGAGAGUGUAGCAGACGCGUAUAAAUCGGCGACCAAGGCCCUGUCUACGGAUCCUUUGGAUAACACGUGUUGGACGCAUUCUACAUUAGGAGUUCAACGGCAAUCCUUAAAGCACCGUCGCAAUAUUUUGCGCCCUCCAGUCCUUCGAAAACUUCAAAAUCUUCAGAAAUUGCUUCAGACAUUGCCUACAGAAAAUACCGAUCAUACGUCAACAUCUACUGUGGGAAAAACUGUUAUUUCAUCAAUAGAUAAUGCAGUCUCAUCGAGUACAAGUCGUGGAAUUUGUAAUUUCCGUGAUUUAAUUCACGAGUGUCAGAAUUUAUUGGAAUUGGAAAACGAUGUGAAAGGUCGAUUUGGUUUAGUUAGUCCAGAUCAACAGUUUUCCAAAAAUUUUACAACUAUGCAGCCAUCUUUGGCCAAAAGAAGUCUAUUUAGUAACAGGGAGCGAACAAGUUUUGGUGUAAGUGGCAUACAACCAUAUUCACCGGAAAAGAAUACAGGAGCCAGUACUCGCUCAACUGCCAGCACGUCAUGUUCGCAACAAGCAGGCAACGGUGUCGGCACAGUGACUAACAGUAAUGGCAACGGCGAUGAUGUGACCAUCGAUGAACUUGCUAGCUAUUUUGAUACAUUUGUGCACAUACCGAAGAAAAUGUCAACAAUGGCUGAAAUGAUGUACAUAUGAAGAUGAGGAGUAAAUAUAUAGUGAUAGGCAUGAAAACCAUGCAGUUUUUAAUAAUUAAACGCCACUUCUGUGUAAUGGCGUUCGCAAAUGAACAAACGGAUUACUGAAGCAAACUUCAGUAAAAAUGGAUUUUAUCAAAGUAUUCAAGCAAAAUAGAUAGCGUUGUGCGUAUCCACAAAAUUUACAAUUUAUUUUCCUGAUUUUCUUAUAAUGGCUAUAAAAUAUAGAAAUUUGAAUUUAUAUUAUUAUUUGUAUGGUACAUAUGAAUGGAAUUUGAUUUAUGUAUAUUAAUUAUAGCUGAUGUAUGUAUGUAGCUUAUAAUAAACUAUAUUAAGCACUACGUUGGGUAUAUCAAUAACUAGCCAAAUAGGUAUCACUAGUAGAUUCGAUUUAUUGCUUUAAAAACAAUGUUGAGCUAUGCGAUUUAAGAAAAGUUUAAUUUAUGUACUCGAUAUUUUGCGCCAUAAACACUUCCAAAAUAAUUUAAGGUACUCUGCUAAAAUUGAUAUCGUGUCUUCGCAGUUAAAUGAUAAAAAUAGUAGUAGGACAUUUUCGUGGGGUUUCAAAACUAAUGAUACAUAUCCAUGGUUAGCUUAAUGCAAAGACAUAGUUUCUACAUUCCUAUAUCAAUAUGUAUGUAGUAUAUGCUGUUACGCAUAAAUUUCCAAAGGGAUUUUGGUAUAUAUCUUAGCAUACUUUUAGGCAUAAUUCAAUUCCACCAGGCUUUUAUGUUGCGCAAUAAUUGGCAUCCAAUAUCAAAAAAUUUUAACGAAUUGUUACCGGUAUUUGCUGCAAACGCACCGCACACCUUAAACAGACCUUGCAAUAACCCAAACAAUUUACAGGAGAGCGAAUUCGAGAGCGUAACCACCCGAGAAAGCAGCAAAUUCUUGCAAGUUAAAAUUUGACUAGCAGGAAUUUGCAGGUGUUAAAAAACAAGGCUAUAUUCCAAAUUCAAAUCUGAACAAAGUGUAUAAAAGGAUGAUUUGAUGAAACAAAGUUAGUGAAACGAAAAUAUGGAUGAAGAAUUUAAAUCUAAUGUAUAUUUUCUGAUUUUUAUGACGAUGGAAAUUAUUAAUCAAAAUGAAAAUUCAAUAACUUUUGUCGUAAUUUUCUCUUCCUCCAUUUUACUGUUAUUGAAUGGACCUAGUUUUUGCAAACCGUAGAGGUAAAACGGCUAUGAUUGAUAUUUUAUUAAAAUCCCGAACAUGGUCUCAAAAUCUAGCGAUAAUAUAAAAUUUUGUUUGGAAGCAAACCAGGGCUCGAAUCGUAACAUCCGUUCACUGA